GGGCCAGUCUCGUAUACGCGUGUCCGCGGUCGAGCGUUCAUUCGAGAUACGGAGUGUCGGUUUCGCUCUUGCACCGGGAUUUCGGGUUCGCGCGGAGGUGGAAGAAAAUCGUCGGGCGAAGGAAACGAAAGCGGGAGGUGCGAGGCGAAUCUCGGCGGUUUAUCUCGGGGGACAAACGGUUCCCCCCUCGCGAGAAAUCGCGAGUCGUCGCCACGGGAACCUGGGCUCGAGCCAUCUUAUUUCUCCCAAGCGACGCCGCCGGCCAAUGAGGUCGCGCGUGGUGGCCGGCCAUUUUACUUUCGCUACGAUCGCGCGAAACGGCAGCUGAGGGAUCUCUGGUCGGUGCUCCGUACCGUCAAUACCGUCAUGCAGUUUCGUGAAGGAUCGUAAGCAGGGAGGCAGUUGGGCACUGAUCUGGGCACGUCCGCGGUGGGCUUGCCGUUAUACCUGGGGCCGUCCCGCGUCGCGCUUGCAGCGGCCACCGGCGAAUCCGCGCCGCGAGCUCCGAUCGAACGAGCGAACGUACGGCCAACGAUGGUCCUGGCGGAGAGGAAUUCGGAAAAUGUGCGUAACGGCCGCCGUUCGCGAGGCCCCAGCCCCAACGCACAGACCGAAUCGUCCAGCGAGGAGGAAGGAGUUCCAGCAGAGAAAAUAAGAGUUGGACGAGAUUAUCAGGUUGUCGUGCCAGAAUUUGUCCCAGUUAAUGAACGUCGAUUGGAUCAGUGUCCUGAUAGGGCGUUAUUAGUUUGGUCACCCACCACGGAUAUACCGGAUCAGAAAUUGGACGAGUAUAUCAUAUUGGCUAAGGAGAAGUAUGGUUACAAUGGAGAACAGGCAUUGGGAAUGCUGUUUUGGCAUAAGCACAAUUUGGAGCGCGCGGUUCUGGAUCUGGCGAAUUUUACACCGUUUCCAGACGAGUGGACGGUCGAAGAUAAAGUACUGUUUGAGCAGGCGUUCCAAUUUCAUGGCAAGAGUUUCCAUCGCAUUCGACAAAUGCUACCUGAUAAAUCUAUCGCGAGCCUCGUGAAAUACUACUACAGCUGGAAGAAGACGCGAACUAGAACAUCAUUAAUGGACAGGCAAGCACGUAAAUUGACGAGCGGCUGUAAAGAAGGCGAAAACGGCAGCGAAAAUGGAAGUGAGCUUGGUUCUAACACAGAUAGCGAAUCUGAAGAAAAAAAAUGGACGAUCCACCGCGGAAUACGUCGUGGAAAGAACCAAGCUGUGCCAGGAAGCCAAGGCACUGACGCUAAGGCCCCAUCCGACUCGGAAAACGCCCCUCAGGUUCAGGGCUCGUGUAGCAACUGUGGCGUUGCAUGCCAUAGUGUCCGUGCGACGCCCAAGGGACACGCGUGUCAUAGCUGCUAUCUACAUUGGAGGCGCACCGGUGUAGCAAGACCGUUAACUUCCAUGCCGGGUCGUACGAAUAAAAGAAAACCACCCCGGGGCUUGGUUGUGAAUCACGAUGAUUUGGCGGCUUUGGCUGGUCAACCAAAUCAGGCCAACAACAGUUUGCAAGCUAUCGAUACAGAGAUCGUUAGCUUAAAACGUCAAAUACAAGCUAAUAAACAACAAGUGAGCGCACUGAAACGAAAGACAACCGAUGGUAUCGACCAUCUACGACCGCCGGAAGUGACAAGCCGUAUAAAUGCGCGUUGGACAAAUGACGAACUGCUAUUAGCUGUUCAAGGCAUUAGAAAAUACGGAAAAGAUUUCGCUGCAAUUGCUGAAGUCAUUGGAACAAAAACUGAAGCUCAUUUGCGAUCAUUUUUCGUAAACUACCGACGAAGAUAUAACUUGGACGCAGUUCUAAAGGAAUUUGAGGCUGAAAAUGGUCCCAUUCUUAUUGAUGAUGAAAAAGAAGAAAAGAUGGAUGUUGAUCAAUCAAAUGAUACUGCGGAGUCGUCUCAGAAAGGGAAAACUUCCACUGGGCCUGGACAAGCUGCUAAAUAACAAAUGAGUAUAAUCUCAAAUUCAAAACGGGAAAAGAACAACUGCAGGCUCAGUGAUAACCGAUAAUAGCUUGUUGAUUGAUUAAAUUUGCCAUUUAAUCCAUUGAGUUUCUUUUUUUUUUUAAGUUUUACUUAUUGUCUCAAUCAAGAGUAAUAUGGAACACAAGAAUUCACUUUAAAAGAUUCAAAUUUCACUGCAUGUGUGUGUGUUACGGUAAUUUAUGUGUAUAUGAAUUCCAUAAGAUCAGACAAAUGAUGUUCAUGUUAAAUGAUGUAUAUGUUAAUAAUUAUAUUAUCACAAUAUGAUAAUUUAUAAAUCAUCAUAAUUUGUAAAUUAUCAUAAUUUGAUAUUCUUGUGAGUUUUAUCUUUUGUACCUAAAGCUAAAUUUUGAUCAUCCAUUUGCGUAUGAAAGAUAAUAUAUCUUAUGUAUCAUACAUCAUGUAUGAUACAUUUUAUGAAUGAAAAUAUAUAUCGUACAUUAUGUUAAAAAAACUAAAAUUCUUACUAAGAGCGUAUUUGCAAAAAUCACAGACGCAACCGUAAAAUGUUUAUCACAAUAUGUAUUGUAUAUAGAUCCAACUUGUGUUUAGAGAAGUAAACUUUAAAUAUUAUUUUCAUAUACAUAUUACGCACCGAGAAUUUAUUUUUCUCGUUUAUAUAUUAUUUAAAUCAUAAUACGGAUUUGAAUAAAUCUGUGUAAAAUUUGUGACAAUGUUAAAUUAUAAAAUUGAUCUCAUUUGAAGAGAGAGAGAAUUAUGUUGUAAUAAAUUAUCAAGUAGAGAAAUCAUAGAAGUGUUAUUUUAAGAACUUUAUGGACUAAAGAAAGCGUUCUGAUGAAUUGUGGAGAACGCUUAAUGUUCAAAUGUCUUUGUUCUCAUCUUUAUUAUUAUUUGUGCUUAUAGCGAGAGUUUUGCCGUGUAGUAAACUACUACAUUGUAUAUCAAUUUCGCUACUUAUACACUUGUGUACCUUCGAAAUUUUAUUUCUCUUAUAAUAAUUUUCGAUACUUUCAACAUUCUUCUUUUUGUUAUUUUAUAAUAGUUGUCUAUAAUUAUAGUUUUUAUUCUUCCCAAGAUUAUUAGAGAGAAUAGACACAAGAAACACAUAGGUAGUGACUUGAAUGAUUUUUCAGUUAAUUAUAUAAUUUAUAUAAUUAAAAUAUUGUGAAAGUAUUACAUACAAUAAUAAGAAAUAUCAGGCACUUCAAUAUCUUUUCUCGUUUAUAUGUGAAUUACAAAUUUGACGUAUAUCUUGCGCUAUUCUGAUGCUUGAAAGAGCUCGAUUACGUACAGUAAUAAUGUCACAAUAUUAAAAAUCUUUAUUUCUUUCGCAUUAUAAUAAACAGUAGCCAGAAAAGCAAAAGAUUUAUACUUCAUAUUUAGGCUGCAUUCCGAUAUUCACUGUCAGUACUGCAAAUCUAUAUUUUACGUCACGUAUACUAUAGAUUUUCAGUACUGAAAGUUGCUGACAGUGAAUUUCGGAAUAUAUGCUUAAUAAUACGAAUAAAGUAUAAUUUAUUUUAUAAUGGAUUGUGUAAUUAAAUAUUAUAAUCCAUUAUAAUAUUAACUUUAUUAAGAUGCACACACAUUGAUAAGAAAUUGUGACUUGAUAAAGAAAGAUCAUCUUUCACACAUAAAAGAGAACAUCACGAUAUUCUUAUAAAAUGUCAUGGUGUUCUUAUAAAUCAAUAACGCGAAUUGUCAUCAUAAAAGAUGGCACUUAUUACUGACAUCUAAAUACUACAAUGUACAUAGCAAAAUGAUGAUCAAGAAAAUCAAGAUCAGUUUUUGAAUGAGGAAGAGAGAUACAUAGUGUCUUUACAGGACGAUAAUGCGCGCCUUCAUAUUAACAUCUGUUUCUAUACAAAAUCUAAGCUUUAUUUCACAAAUCUAUUAAUAAGCAUAAUUUAGAUAGUAAUAUAUAUAUCGCACAUUUUACUGAAAUUUAUAAAAUAGCCAUUAAGAGACGAUGUUUUCGUGUAUAAUAUAGAAUAUGUAUAUUUUGGUCUAAUACAGGCCAAAAUCACUUUAUAACGCCAGCCUUUUGUUCAGAAAUUCACAGUAGUGUGUGAUAGUGGACAGUGACGCUUGACAGUCACAUUUUUCCCGCAAGAAAAUCUGUAUAGAGUUUCUUAUCUUUUAUUUUCUACAAAUUUCGUCAUAAUCUUUAAUCCUUAAAAUUUUUUGUAUGUGUUACAUUCACAUUUUGUGCCUUCCAUAUUGAUAUGCAAAAUAAGAGAAAUUGUUUGUCGCAUAAUAAAACUAAAAUUUUGCUAUGAUGUAAAGCAGUGUUUGUUAAUGUGUGGACAAUUCUUCACUGAUAAAACGUCUCUGCCAUUACACACGAAAAUUAUAUAGCAGUUCCAAAAAUACAAGCAUUUUAGCUUCCUUGAAAUUUUAACAGUUGAUAAACAAUGUUUUUAAGGAAAAUAAAAUAUAAAACUAUUUGGUAUGACGUAAUAUACGGAGGGGUAAAAGCCAUAGUGGUGUAAGUCAAUUAUCCCUCCAUAUACGAAUGAUGAAUUUAUGUACUUUCUGCUUUUUUCUCUGUAUUGAUAUGAUAUCAUCUCUUUUGCAAUGUGUGUUUACGAAUCUGUUGAUUAUGCUAUAUAAUUGGAAGAUCUUUCAUUGAGUUGUUAUAUCUAUCAGCAUUUUAUUACACAUUUAAAAGAGAAAGCUCACACACUAUUCUUAUUAUAUGUAUUUUUCACGGCAAAACAUCUAGCUAAUAAUUUAUAGGUAAUCAAACUACAUAAAGUGUAACUCUAAAUUGAACAGUGUUAUAGGUAGGCAAUGAUCCAUAUAAAAUCUAGAUUUAAUAUAUUGAUAGGAGUAGUAAAAAGACUUAAAUAAGUAUCCGUAUAGCUAAAAGCAACAAUAUUAUUCAAAUUAUAUAUUGGCAAAUUGACAUACGCGCCUGUGUGAAUAUGUGUAUGCGUGUGCAUAAGAAUGAACGAUUGCUUGUAGAUCUUCGUGCAUGCUUCGACAGAUCAGUCGCGAUUGUUUAAGUAAAUCAAGCAGGAUCCAUAUUUUCCAAGUGAGAACGAGUUUUCCUUCAGUAUGUAUAUGGGAAUGGAUGAAAAUUGCGUUCACCGAUAGUGACAUAUCACGCAAACGCGACAAAAUCUUGCCAAUAGAUUAAGACGAUAAUAUAAAAACGGAACACCAUUUGUGUAAUAGCGAGUAAAAAGCAUUAUUACAUUAAGAAAAAAAAAUUCUGUAGCUAGAUCAUUGCUCAGUAGGCGAGGGCGCGCAUUAUCGUUAUGAAACGUAAUUUCCACGUGUGAAAUCGAAUUGCGAGGUUCUCUGUCGCAAAAAUCUACUUUUCCCAAAAUUAGAUUAAUCCGCACCUCUGCGUGAAUGUUUUACAGAAUAUGAACAUACAUAUUGCGUUUUAUUUAUUUUCACGUUAGAUUUAACAUUACUUUUAGGUAAUAUUAAUUAGUUAAUAUUUUUAAUGUACCCGCACAUAAAAUACUUUCUUUCGUCGAGAAUUCGUCGGAAGAAAUAUAUGAUUCGAGCAUGUCAGUGUAACGAUAAGGAACGGUAUUAUGCUAUGAUUUUUUUUACAAGAUGCGUAUGCAGAUUUCUCUAGGUGUAAGAAUCUUUCGUCCUAUGCAAAGGAAUGAUCGAGAAUUUCAUCAAUUAAAUUUCUGCUGCAUGUAACAAUACUGCAAUCAUUUUAAACGCGAUAUAGCAAUGUAAAAAUCUCUGGUAUCUCUUGCAGUACAGAUAUUUAGAAAGAAAACUGAAAUUGUCUGUCAUUAAAUAUUAGUUGCUACGAUGUAUAUAGCCGUGGCGAUCAAGAAAAAAAAUAGAACAUGAAAAAAGGAUUGAUGGUAUAAUGUGUAUAUGUAUAAAGAGCGAUACAACCUACGUUUAUACAUAUUCCUUGGAAUAUGUGUAUCGCACAUUUGGCUGGAUAAGUUGUACACAUGUAAUUAUACAAAAUUAAAUAUAUCUUGUGCAUUGUA